AUGGCAGGCAUAAUCCGCAUAACCAUGUUCAAAGUGCCCUCUCAAGCAUCCCGGGACACCAUGCUCAAGAACUACGAGACCUUAUCCAAAAAGGCCGUUAAGGACUCAGCCCCUGGCGAAUCUCAAGCCAACGAUCCCCGCACCCAAGGUUUCUCCGUGGUCGCAAAGACUGAGUUUAAGAAUCUGGAAGACAUGGAAUAUUACGAAGAUUCGUGUGAAGCACAUAAAUGGUUCAAGGGCGAGGCAAAGACUUUGGGGGUUGAAGGGAUGUGCUGUGUGUACUAUGAACCAAGUGUUGUUGCUUAA